AAAGGCGGAGCCUGAGUGGGUAAGCCGGUGGAAGAGGCGGUCUUCGGUGGCAAUGGCGGAAAGGGCGGGGCCUGCUGGAGAACCAGUCACUGACUGCAGCAAUCUGAAGCGACCCAGCGGUUCUACCCGCCCCGCCCCACUCGAGACACCAUGGUGGCGAACUGGUGGCACGCUGGACUCAGCUACAUCCGGUUCUCCCAGAUCUGGGCGAAAGCAGUGAGGGAUGCCCUGAAGACCGAGUUCAAAGCAGACUUUGAGAAGACUUCCCGCAGCAGCAUAAAGAUCAUGAAAGUGAAGAAGGAGUAGCCGGCCCUGACUGAAACAUGAACUGCCGAAUCGCCAAGGUGAAGACAUGUGGGUACCUGUUACAGCAGGUUGAAAUCAACCUCACCUCCUGGGGACAAAACUACCCUUGUUGAUAAAUUGACUAGGCCAAUAAAUUGGCAUGGUUUACUCUCAAAAAAAAAAAAAAAAAGAAAGAAAGAAAGAAAGAGAACCAGUCACUGCCUUGUUAAUGUGGUCAUGCUUGUGGACUGUCAUCAGUAGCACCAUGCAUCUUGAUCACCCCUAAGAAGGAAUGAAAUCCUGACUUGCCUUCUAACGGGGAUGAACAGAGAAAUGAGGUGAUCAAGAACAGGAAAACUCUGUAUGAUUCUGUUUACAUGAGGCUGCUAGGGUUGUUAAAUACAUAGCCACAGAGUGGGGUGGUGAUCGCCUCCUCAGGCUAGCAGAAGGGAGAGGAAAGUCACUGUUCUGUGGGCUGGAGUUCCAUCCUCCAUGAUGAACAGAGCUCUGGAGAUGGAUGGUGGUGAUGGUUUGACAUGGUGGUAUGGUUAAGGUCACUAAACCGACAUUAGAAAUAUCCAUGGUGGCCAGAGGGAUGACUAGGCAAUUGAGAGUACAUACAGCUCUUGCAGAUGACCAGAGUCAAUUCUCAAUGUAAGCUAUCAGUUGGCUCACAACCGCCUGUAACUCCAGUUCCAGGGAGAUCUGACACCUCUAUCCUCUACAGGCACUGGCUCUCACAGGUACAUACCCACACAUGAAUACACACAAGUUGUAGAAAGUGUGUGUUUUUGUUAAUUCUUGCAUAUGCUAUCCAUUGGUUUAUACGUGAAUCAUAUCUUCUUGGUAAAAGAAUACCCGAGGAAGCUUUUGAGGGUUCAUGGAGUAUGGUGAACAGUUUGACUCUAAUUCACAGGACUCUCUAGGUGUGAUCAUUCUCAGGUAUUCAGGUGGUGAAGUCUAUGUCUGGGGGAGAGCAGGACUUGGUUCUGGAAGAAGCAGACACCCAACUCCCUUCUCGGCCAAAAGGUAGAAAGUGUCAGGAUCCAAGGGAAGCCCUGAGGCUGCUGAAAGAGACUCUGUAAAGGUAGGUGUGCUGCUUGCAGGGCCCUCAAAGGUUCAUAUGUUUCAAUGCUUGGUCUGUAUUGGUGGAACUGUUUAAGAAGGAUUAGGAG